GCCCGUAUUUUCGCAAGCUAUCAACAGCAAAUUAUCAAAAAUUAUCAGAAUGCCAAUAUAUACGCGAUUUGAUUAAAGCGAUAAGAGUUAACUGAAAGCUAUAAAGAGAGAAUUUUCGUUGAGCAUGUCAUGUCAAACGAUUUUAGAUUCGGGUUCAUUUUUACAGCUGGCGAUUGAUCUAAAGGGAAUUUCGGUAGGAACGUAUUGUUCGAUACAAAUAUGGAAUACAAUAUAACUGGGUUUGGUGAAGAGCGUUCUGAAAUGAACUACACAGGCCUCGGCAAUUGGCUUAUUGGCUAUAUGGAUCCGUACGAUUACUGGAAUGCGCAUCCAACCUAUGCCAUCUGUGAACUUGACUUCUUGAUUGGAGCCGGCCUAAUGCUUGUACAUGCAUUUACAACGGGAGGUCGAUGGCCGUGGCUAUUUUUUGCGUCCAUGUUUCAUGGAUUUGUCGUUGAACUUAUCGCUUAUUUUGCGCCGUUCAUAGCAAAUUUCUGGCAUGCUCAGGGCAUGAUCACACUUUUUGAUCGUCGAAUGGCGCUCUACAUAGCGGUUCUUUAUCCAGUGUUCUACUAUCAUGCAUCAUGGGCUAGUUCAAAGAUGAAAUUAAAGUCUCAACUCGUUGAAUAUAUGGCUGUUGGGCUGAUGACCGUGCUGGUUGAUAUUCCGUAUGAUAUAACUAGCGUAAAAUACGUGCACUGGAUUUGGCACGAUACCGAUCCAAAUAUUUAUGAUCGUCAUUACUGGGUGCCAUGGAAUUCAUACUACUUUCAUUUAUGUUUCUCUACGAGUUUCCAAUUUUGGUUUCAUUCAGUCCGUCGAUGGAUUGAUAAAAGCAAAGACUUGGACAAAUGGCAAGCUGGUUCAAUAAAAUCGGAAAUAAAUGCAUUGAUUGCGGCAUCAUUAUUGGGGAUGCCAGGUGGUUGCUUAUUAUUCCUUCCGUUUUAUCAUCCGCUUCACGACUUUUAUGGGGUGCCAUCGGAAGUGACUGGCGUUAGCAUUUUGAUGGCAUUCACGGCAAUUGUAUGGAAAUUUGAUAGAAAAAGCCAUCGGUAUGAAAAGCCGGCCAAAAUGAAUUUCGUAUCGAAAAUACUGUUUGGUCAUUUGUUGGUGCAUUACUUGGUAUUUUUGGUCAUGGUGAUAUUUUUCAAUCCGGAGGAUGCCAUUUCCAUUGGUCUACACCAACCGAUCGGCAACUGCAAUGAAACGGAACCAGUUCAUACAAUACUAAAGACUUUGCACCGGCAAAAGUAUCUGUGCUUGGAUAACUAUGAUGAGAAAUACUAUGAUUUCCAUUGUUUACCCAACGCAACGGUCCCAUCCGAUGGAAGUAUUUGGUAUACCGUAUGCGGAACACCAUUCGAGAACCGCGCUGAAUAUUUAACAGUAUUGUCUUUAAUUACAUUUAUUGCGUAUAUGGUGUUUACUUCGUUCCAUUUCGAUUACGAUGAAAAUACCGAAAAAUUAUGGAAAAAUACGAAACUUUCUAAAAAAAACAAUUAAAACGUUGCAAUCUUUUGUGUAAACAUUUUCGCUGCUUUAUAAAUAUUACUUUUUCUAAUUAUUAUGUGUACGUAUAAUUCUAUUGCGAAAUGAGGAAGUAAAUAAAUCCUGCAAGAACUGCUACGGCAAUGGCAAGUCCAGCCCAUUUGAAAAGAUAUGAAUUGUUUUUAUCUUCGAUGACUUGUGUUUUUCUCUCCUUGUACUUCUUUUUGCCGAAUUUCUUCUCAAACUCUUCGA